AUGCCGCGGCUGCCGUUUAGCCAUCCGCUGGUGCACCCGGACCCCGCUCCGGUUCCGGUUCCGGCGCCGGCGCCGGCGCCGCCCGCUCCCGCUCCAGCUGCGGCUCCUGUUGCGGCUCCCGCUCCCGCUCCAGCUGCGGCGCCGCAGGCCCCGGCGCAGGGGCAGGGCAACGCGCCGCCUGGGGUGCUGAUGCACGGCCUACACGGGGGCGCUCUCGUGGCCCGCCUCGCGCAGGCGCUCCUCGCCGCCGCCGCCAUCGCCGCCAUGGUCUCCGCCAGCGACUUCGCCUCCCUCACCGCCUUCCGCUACCUCGUGGCAGCAGAAGCUCUGCAAUGCCUGUGGAGCCUCGCCCUGUCCAUUCUCUACUGCUACGCGCUCCUCGUCGGGCGUUCCUACCGAAGUCCCCGAGCCAUCGCCAUACUCUGCGCCGGGGACUGGAUCACAGGAGUACUGACCUUCACUGCCGCAUGCGCGUCGGCAGGCAUCACCACCUUCGUCAACGAUGACGUGGAAGCUUGCUCUGAUAACCACUGCCCAAGCUUCAUGGCUGCGACCGCCAUGGCUUUCUUGACAUGGUUUACAGUCGCACCGUGCUGUGUCCUCAACCUCGGCUCGGUGGUCCAUAAAUUGCAAAGACCCUAGUCUACAGAACAAGAAUCGGGGUUUGCUUGUGCAGCACAGAUUACAUGGCGUGGCACAGAUAAUUACACUAGGACCUAGAAGCAACGGAUGGUGCGUAUACCUUCUUAUAUACUAGUACAGUAGAAGGGAAUGGUGAUGUCGGAGCCAUAAAUGGUGCUAGAGGUCAUGCAUUUUGUUGGUAUAAGUUUUUCGGUAUUGGCAGACUGAUGGCUACAUAUGUAUAGAGGUUUUUAUAACUGAACAUGUAUGUCAGGUUUUAUGUACUGUCAAUCAAAGUAGGAAAAUGACCCCUCUCUCUC